AUGGAACCAUUUUGCACCGGUGUGUUGAUUACACAACGUUACAUCCUGACCUCUGCACAUUGCGUAUGCUACAAUUCUUCCAAGUAUCCUCAAGGGGUCCAACCAAUAAUAGCAAAAGAAAGAGUUGGUGUUAUCUUCGAGAGCGCCAGGAUAGUUCCUAAGGUUUCAUCUAUAAAAGUUUACCCGAGCUACAAUCCAAGAGCUCCACAUCCGCCUUGCUGCGAUAUUGCUCUGAUAGAGCUGAAUGAGAUGGUGAAUGUCACAGCUGUUACUCCGGCCAGAGCGAGAACUGUGAUUCUUGGACCAGAAAGGAUACAAUCCAUUGGAUACGGGAACGGGAGUAAGCAGUUUGUCCAAAUGUCGAAUGGGCCUAGUGCUAUUACUGCUAACUACACUCUAGCGUAUCUUGAUUACAACAUCGAUAAAGUAUACAAUAUACUAAAACGAAGAGGAGAUCUCGGUAAGCAAGAAGCCAAAGAAAAUGCGUAG